AUGUUGUGGCGGCACUGCACAGCUACCGGUAGACAUCCAAUUCGGCCUCAUCAGAACUUAGUCCUGUUUUUGAUUGCUGGCAUUCCGGUAUUUACUUGGGCUACCACCGAAUGGUUUGGCGAUUCAAGAGCAUACAUGAAUACUAUUCGAUCACCGCCAUUUCAUGAUGUUAUUUAUGAUAUUCCCGAAUGUCCAGAUGGACUGGAAAGUGAAGCAAUACCGGAAUAUGCAUAUUUCGGACCAAUGAUCACAUCCAUCGGUGUCUUGAAGCAUGUGGAAUGUUUGGAUAACUGCAUCAAACAUUCGAAAUGUGUUGCAGUUAAUUUCUUCGCACCUAUGGCGUUUCAGAGGAAUGGUUUUUGUGAAUUGUUAAGUGAAUCUCAGCUGGAUAAUCCCAAACUCAUGCGACCAUAUAAACAAGCUGCUUAUUUUGAAAAUAUUCAGUGUCGAGCAGGGAAUGAUAUUGUUGAUGACGUUGAAGAAAACCAGUCGGAAAGACCGAAGGAUGAUUCGAUAACAAUUCUAAAGAAAUUGUCAGAACAAGUGGACCAAUAUCGACAAUGA